AUGGUGUCCACAAUGGAUUGGACGGGUUAUUUUUCUCCAUUUUUGUCCGUUUUCUUUGCUCUCAUUCAGCUCUCUGUCUCAGAAUUAACGCCAGAGCAAUGUAGAGAAUUAGGAUUUUCGGUUAAUCUUCUCUGUAGCUCGUGCGAUGAAUUAAAACCCUUUAAUCUUACAUCGGAACCGUCUCUUGAGGCGAAUUGUCGAAAGUGCUGCCAUGCAGAUGAACAAGAAGAAGCCACUAAGGUUUGAAUUGCGUUAUUUUUGUCACUUUUUAUGAGAGUUUCGUUCGAAAGAAAGAUAUUUGUUCCCUUUUAGAGCAAUCUAUUGAUGUCAAUUUAUGUUGUGUCGUUCUUGUGGUCUGUUUGUGACGUCAUCACCGCCAUCUUGGCUACAAGCUAUGGUGCCGAAUUCGUGAAAAUCGCUAAUUUGUUAUAAAGAUGUUCUAGGUAGUGUUUAUAUCAUAAUUUUAGUUCAUAUGAUAAGUAUAGAAUCUCAGUUCAGAGAGAAGAAAAGUUAGGACCUUGAAGAUCAAACUGAGAAGCGCACUAUAUGCAUCAGUCAAUUUUCAGCUGUUCCCAUGCCUCCCCCCCCGGUUCACUUCCAGGCAUUAGGGAGCUUUAACAAUGAUGAUGGCAAAGGCAGUGAAAAUGUCUUUAUGAAAAUGAAUUUGCAUUUUUCAAACUUUGUUGUAUUUAUUCUAACUUGCUUUGAAUGUUGUCAUCAUCAUUGUUUGGCCAAAGAGCAGUCGACUGUAAGUCAUCUCCAACUGGCUUGGUUUUGGCCAGUGCACAUGAUAUUAUCCGCUGAGAAAUGCUUUUUCCAGUUGAUCCAUAUUUCCUGGACUUGGCUGGAAAAAGGACUUAUGCCGUCUCCUUGGGGAUCUUCACCUGGGGGGCUCAUACAACCAUAAGAUGUUAGCGGGUUAAUGUCGAAUGUGGGUGAAUUUCCCGGGGAACCGCACGUAAGGGUAAAGUUUUUACCAGAAAGCAUGCUGCACAUGCAAAAUUGUUGCAUUGCUUAUUAAACCCUAUUGGUUUUUUGACAUUCAUGUUGCCUUCAUAGUCAUUGUAACAAAAGCUCCCUAGUAGCUUUACUUUUGUUUUGGAUGGAACAUUCCCAGGGGUGACAGUGACAACACUUGAUCUGCCAAAUGCCCGACAGUGGGGAUGAAAAAAGAGCUGAGCAAAUGUCCAACCCCAAUCAACACUUCAGCAGUUUUUAUUCAUUGCAGUGCCACUUCCAGCAGUGAUGUGUGAUUUUUGAUUUCUGUACUCGCCCCUCUCCAUCAUUUAUUGUUUGUAACAGCAUUAUCUGAUGUUAAUCAAGACCUCAUAAUCAACACUAAUAAUAUGAUUCUCAUUUUAAUCAUUUUUUAUUAAUUUUUAUAUUCGUAUUGCUCUGAGUUACUUUCAUAAGAGAUGUGUCGCUGUAAUAUAUUCUAAAACCAGUAUUUUUGGUUCUGAGGUCUAACAUUAUUAUAUUUUUUGUUAUUUAGAAGUAUGCCUUUGGUACCCUUGAAGUGUGUAACUGAAAGUUGGGAAGGUUCCCUCAAAUACAGGGUAAGGAACACAGAACUGUUUCUGGCAACUUUCGCUGAUUGAAAGUCUUUGUGCUUCUUUAGAAUUUUAAAGGCAGGGUCAACAGUUAAGGUUUGGCAAAGAAAGUGCAAAACAUGGUUUUCAUAGCAGGGUUUUAUCCUUGGCCUCCAAAGUUACAUAUCACUUCUUGAACAACUGGUACUAGCUCAACUUUUUUAAUAGUCGCGCUUAAAAAAUGUCCUUUAUUUGGGUGCCAAUGUAUGUAUUUACAUGUAGUAUGACAGUACUAAUUCAGGGCACCAGAAUUCUUUUACAUCAUGUCUAGCUGUUUGCAGGGCAAAGCAGGUACUUUCAAACCCUGACUGAGUAUUGGUCUGGCCAUCGGGAUCAAACUUGCGACCUCCUGCUCUGAACCUGCGAGCUCCUACUCUAGCUGCCUCUUAACUUUAGAAAAACACUAAUAUUAUUAUUAAACAUAUAAAUUAAAAUUUUAUGACUUGGCGCAUGACUUUCAAACACAGGUUGCCAAAUUACUGGUAACAACUUUCACCAUGUUAGUUGCCAUGAUUUUUUCUAGUCUCCAUGCUGUCCAAAAAUGGUCCCAUCUUAGAGGCCUGCUUGUAGGAAGCACAGAGGCACACAAUGUUUACUAAGAUACCGGGCCCCACAUAAGAUAUUAAUUUUAUAAGCUAUAUCUCAACAAAAUCCCACUGUUAAUACAGAAAUACCUAGGAUACUUCUUAGCGUAGGGUGCCUGUUGAAAUCAGGGACCAGGUGAAAGAGGCAGUUUUAUUCAGAAAUGACCCUGAAAAAGUCAGGGUAUGGAGAGGGGGGGUGGGAGGGAGUCCUUCCCUCUUUUUAUUACAGUCAAACCUCUCCACAAUGGCCACUUUGGGGAUAGAAGAAAGUGGCCAAAGUGGAGAGGUGGCUGUUAUGGGGAGGUAGGGGUGUAAAACAUGACAUUUUUUUGAGGGAGUACAACAUGUAUAUCGAGCUGAGUUCAUGCUUACUGUAUCCCAUUAUGUAUCUAUAAUAGUAUUAUAAAAAGAUAAAAGAAAAAGAAAAAGCUUUAUAAUGAACAGGUUUGAAUUGAAAUGUUAACAUGACAAAAUGAGCAAGAUUCGCAGCAUUUACUAUAAGUAUUGUAGACAGUUUAGCUCACUGCAGCAGUAUAAAUGGAACACAAUCAAAGUAAGACUGUUGCGAUUGAUCGUCAACAUGCUUUAUGGAUCAAAUUUCAUGACCAUUCUUGACUUUUUCAUCAGUAGUUGAAAAAAUUGGCCAUUAUCGAGCAGUUAUUUUGGCAGUUGGGGACACGCUUUAUUGGUCAUUGCCAUUGUAGAUAGGAUUAAACAAGAGUCAAUGUAUGGACUGUCCAUUGGGACAAUAAAGUGGCCAUUGUAGAGAGGUGACCAUUGUGGAGGGGUGGCUGUUGGUGAAGGUUCAAUAGCCUGCGAAGCACAGACGUAUUUCCGGUCGUCGCUUCUCUCCCUCCAAAAAAAGUUAAUUUUCGGAGGGAGAGAAGCAAUUUUUUUAGCAAUUUUGUAAAGAGGGCUUUUUAGCCUCAAAAUAUUUUAUUCAGUGAAAUAUAUUGUUUCUCUUGAUGUUCUAAAUGGUGUUGCAUCAGUUCUGAUAUGUUAUAUUUUGUUUGUAACAGCCUUUGUCCGGAGUGAUAGGCCUGCCAAGUUUCCUAAUCUUAGGAUAAACGUAAGUUGUCCAUCUCUCGAUCAUGGUCAGUUAUUUUUAUUCCCGCUGCAGUUGGUGCUAGUAGGUAAUUUUAUCAAUUUUUCAGUGACCUGCAAUGUCGUAUCUAAAUCCAUAGUUAUUCUUAUUAUCCUUUUGCGUGUAUGAACAUGUACACAAAGUGUCAUUCUCUCCUUGCAGUUUGUUCGAGGGGCCGAUCCAAUUCUUAAGCUUCAUGAUGAAAACAAUGAGGUUCAAGAGGAGUUAAGGUGAGUGAACAAGUUCUCACUAAACUCUUUUUUGUUGAAAAAAGUCUCAUCAAUGUAAGUGCAGUAUUGAUAGUAGUUGUCCAAGCCCUCCUAUGAACACUUCAUAAGGAGAAAGCUCAACUUACAGCCACCAUGACAAAUUAACAAAUCGAGAACAAUUUUCCAUGCUCUGUACUCUUAUCAACCAUAAAAAUGUGGUCAAAAUGUUCUAAACUCAAGUGGAACCACAAGCUGCAGACGAGUGGUUUCAUUGCAAAACUUUGAACAUUUUGAGUACAGACGAUGGGAAUUGUUUUCAAAUUGUUUUUUUUUAAAUUCUGUAACAUUGACAGUUUUUUAGGCCCAUUUCAAACUGCACACACAACAAUGAGAAAAUCAAAUUGGGCCAUUGUCAGGUCAGUACUCUUAUUGACCAUAACUCUUGACCAAUCAGUGCGUGAGAAGUCGCUCAGUUAUUGCAAAAGCCCCAUUUGAGCUAUUUUUGUAGGUAGUCUUUUGCAGCUUAGGGAGCAAUAUAAAUUAUUGCUCCCGCAGCUAGAUUAGCCUCCUGCCUAGAUUAGAAUUUUAGCUAUUGUCUAGGUGGUCUUUUUACCUCAGUUUUUCUGUGCAUGGUUUAUAAAUAAAGACCUUGUCUUGUCUUGCUCAGAUCAGUUGACUUUUUUGGUGAUCAUAAAAUACAGUCACAGCAAUCAUGUGCAAACCGGGCUGUAGAUAAUUUAUCAUUCACACAAAUAUGUAUUCUUUCUUUUAGUAUUGAAAAAUGGAAUACGGACAGUGUGGAAGAAUUUCUACUUGAGAGACUGAGAUAA